CCCAAAUCUUCACCUCAUCCAACCACCAAUCAUCAUAAUUCGUGAUGGCUCCCAAGAAGAAGGCCGACAAAAAGUCGAACGACAAGGAUGCCGGUGGGAAAGGCAAAGAUGAUAAGAAUGAGGGCAAAGGGAAAGGUGGUCAAGCUGUCCUAGUCCGACAUAUUCUGUGCGAAAAGCACGCCAAGAAGGAAGAGGCGCUUGCUGAGAUCUCGAAGAAUCCUACUUUAGACCACUUCGUUGCGAUAGCUAGAAUUUACAGUGAGGAUAAAGCAAAGCAAGGCGGUCUUCUUGGCUGGCAACGGAAAGGUCAGCUGGCGCCCGAGUUUGAGAAGGUCGCCUUCGUACUCCAAGAGAGCAAAGGCAGCAACCUCUUCAUUGGACAGGCCAAGACGGCUUUCGGAUACCACCUUAUUGUGGUAGAAGGCUACAGAUGAGAUAUAUAAGAUACCCAGACUACUAAAUCCACCCCACAGUUUACUCAGUAGAAGCAUGUCACGGUUGAGAAGAGAGACUUCGCGGAGCAUGUUGUAAUGCAGAAUUUUCCUUCCCGAUGCAGUAUGGUACCCCUAUUUUCUCAGCACCUUUGCCAGCUGAACUCGCCAGUAGAGUACAUAUCAAGGGUCCGUAGAGGAUGUCGUGAAAAUCAUCCCGAUCCACUGUCUAAUAUCCCCGCGCAACGCCUGUGAAGAUCCCCUUUACUGUUC